CUGUUAAUUCUACAACUGCCGAAACUGGACUUGAUCUAAAGUUUUACACCCAACCCAAGUCACGAGUUUAUCACCAAGCAGUAGAAACAACAACUGAAUAUGUCAGCGUCUUGUCUAAAACACCAGAAAGAGCCCUUGUUAACAACUCUACCACUGCUGACACUGGACGUGAUCUGAGGUUUGACCCCCAACCCGAGCCUCGGUUGGGUACGCUGUUCAGCAUGCCCUACGACAAAGGCAGCAGAGUAGAGAGCUACUGGAAAGACUUUUUCACCUUCAGGCAAAACCCAAACUGGAACAACUCUACAUGUAACACAUCUCUACAGAAGAAGGCUUUUGCGUCUGAGGAGUUUGGGCCGAUCUUUCGACCUGAUAUUCAGAUGUUGAUGAACACCAAGUUGUUUAAUGAGAGUGAACAUUUGCGACUGAAACCAUGGAGGAUGCCAUACGGGUACAAGUACAGGAAAGAAGACAUCCCAUAUAGUGAGAUCCUGGAGAUCCUGAAAUUGUUCCCAGCGGAAGAUUCCAUCUUCAACUUCCGCCACACAGGCAAGCCGAGAUGCAUCUCGUGUGCGGUGGUUGGGAAUGGAGGUAUGCUGAAUGGAUCCGGCAUGGGGAAGGAAAUCGACAUGCACGACUACGUAUUCAGGGUGAACCAGGCAUACACAAGAGGCUAUGAGAAAGACGUGGGCAGCAGGACAACUCACUACGUGUUCUUCGAUCGCUCCCUCUCUUCAAUGAGGCCAGAGGACUAUCCUGUUAGUAAGAAUAUCACGUAUAUAUUCGUGCCUUGCCGUAAAAACGACUAUGCGUAUCUUAAGGGAAUAGGGGACGGCAUCAACCAGUUCAAAGCGCCUCCAGAGAACGUACGAGUUCUCCAUCCUGACUUCAUGAGAUACAUGCAUUAUGUGUGGAUGAGGGUCUGGUCUUUUCGUCCCACCACGGGCGGCAUCAUGACCAUGACGGCCCUGCACGCCUGUGACAAGCUCAGUCUGUACGGGAUGGGCUACAACAUCAAGUACAGCAACCACUACUUCGACACAGAGUAUCACGAGUUCCUAUCUGUGAUGAAUAGUCACAACCACAUACGGGAGAUCCAGUUAUGGGACCAUCUGGACAAGAAAGGCAUCGUAAACUGGUAUAGAAGAGACGUUUUCUAAAGAACACUGUAGGUUAAAGAUCACUAUUCUAAAGAAUAUUAUUCUAAAGAAUACUAUUCUAAAGAACACUAUUCUAAAGAACACUAUUCUAAA